AUGGACAACAACAACUCUAAUAGAAUUCCAUCUUAAGUUUACAUGAAAAAUCAUUCUUUGAAUCCUCUAACUGAAUCUGAAAUUUACUAAUAUCACAACAAUGGAGAACUUAAUUUGGAUGAAUCUUUCUUUAACUAAGCUAUGGAUGAAAUAUUAUAAGCAUAAAAGGAGAAUCAAUCUAAAAAAAAUCAGAAUGCUAAUUUAAAUUAGCAGCAAACAUAUUCAGAUUAGAAUUAUUUAAAUCAUAAUUAAUAAAAUGCAUAAUUUCACAACUAUUAACAAUAUAAUAUGCAAUAACAAUAGUAAAAUUAGGAGAAAAAUAACUAUGGUGAGGAAUACUAGUAUAAUAAUUAACAACAGGGAGCAUUUUUUUCAAGCGGAUACUAACCAGUUCAAUAUAUUUAAAAUCAAUAAUAAAAUGAGUAGAUCCAAAACAUAUAAUAACUUCAAUAAUAUUAAUAUCAGUAAUAGCUACAGCAGUAAUAAUAUUAUUAACAGUAAAAUAACUUCUAAAACUAAUAUAAUUAAAAUUUUAACAAUUAAUAAUAGAAUUAUAUUAAUAAUAAUAAUUACUUGCAAUAAUAAAAUGAAAUAUAAAACUAAUAGCAAAAUAAUUAGUAUCAGUUAAAUUAGCAAUACUCACAAUAUAAUAAUUAUAAUGCUAAUUCUACACAAGAUGUAAAUAACUAGGAGAUGCUUGCUUAGAAUAGUUAAUAAUAGAAUUCUUUAAAUUAAUAUAAUGUUAAUUAUCAGCACAAUAUGGAUAAUAAUUUUAAUCCAAAUCAAUAUUUUAAUACUGAAGCCUACAAUUAAGAAUAAAAUAUUAAUAAUUUGUAAUAUUAUGUAAAUCAUCAACAAAAUUAUAGUAACUACUUUAAUAGCAGCAACUAAGAAGGUAUAAAUUAGAUUGAAUCAUCAAAUAAUCAACCAAUUUAAAGCUAAUUAGAAACUGGAAGUUGCACUAAUAAUUAAAUACUGAAUUAACAAAACAUUAAUUAGCUACCUAAUAACACUAAUUAAUAUAUGAUGUAGAGUCAUAUUAGUUCCUAAAUAAUAGAUUAAAGUUAAUAAACUUAACAAUUUUCUAAUACAAACUAUCAUAAUUUAAUUUAUUAGGGCAAUUUAAAUCAAUAGGAGAUUUAAAAUAAUAAUAAUUCAUAGUAGCAAUUUUAAAAUUAUAAUCUUUAUAAUAAUAGUAAUUAAAAUAUUGUUUAGGAUUAAUAGUAGUAAUAGAAUUAUUAUAUAACUUAAAGCGAUUAAGAUAUAAGUAAUAUUUGUUUACCAAAUUAGAUUCAACAAGCAUAAUCUACACUUAAUCCUCAAUAAUAUUAAUAAUCGUAGAGUAUUUUAACAAACCAAUUUAAUCAAAAUUAGCAAAAAGAUGGCUGUCUACCAUUAAAUUAAAAUAAUCUAUUUGAACAAUCUUAAGUAUAAAAUUUAAAUGAUACAUUAACUUCUUAAACCUAAAACUAAAAUCAAGUUUGUCAAGUUGAUGACCACACAAAUCAAAAUAAUAGCUCAUAAAUAAUUUAGAAUAAAAUUAAUGAAAAUAUUUAAAAUUGUGAAUAAAAUGAAAGUAAACUUAAAUAAUAAAACAAUAAUUUAAAUUGGCAAUCAAGUAGUGAAUAAUAUAAUUAAGAAAGAUAAAUUUCCUAGAUUAAUUAAUCUUGCUUAUAAAAUUAGAUAGAUAACCAAUAAAAUUAAGAAGAAAUAUAUAAUUAAAAAGAAUAAUUUAGUCAAUAAAAUGAUGAUCAAUUUUAAGGAUAAAGUGAGAUUUAUCCACCUAAUUAACUUCAAGAAUUUUAUGUAAUUCAAUAUGGGAAUAAUGACUAAAAAAAGGAAAUUAAAAUUGAAACAAAAUUUUUUUAGCCAAAUUAAAUUAAUUUAUUAUUUUUAAGGGCAAUUGAUGAAUUAACUUCUUAAAAUUUUGAUUGCUCGAAGUAUUAUAAAAAGAAUAAAAAUAAAACGAUUCAACCUCAAGAAUUAAAACUAUAUGGAAAAGAAUAAUAUCCCCACAAUAAAUAAAAAUAAUUAUUAUUUUAAAAUAUAUAUGAAGAAAAUUAAGAUAGUUUCAAUUACAUUUUAGAUUUAAGGAGAGGAGAUCAUUCAUUUUUUAGGACAAUAAUGACUGGUUAUCUAAUUGCUCUAUUUAAUGAAGAACAUGAUGAAUAAGAUUGUGAGCAAAAUGAACUUAUUUAAUAAAUAUUUAUUAAAUUCUACUAUACAUAAUGCUCAGAUAUUACUUUAUUAGAAGAACCAUUUGAUAAUGUUUCAGAUUUAAACCUAUCUAUUAAUUACAAAAAUUAUUUCUUAAAUUGCAUACUUUAUUUGUUAGCUCAUAAAUUUUCUGAUUAUUCUGAUAGUUACAUUAUUUCUGAACUUUUAAAAAUGUGCUAUAAAGAUGAGGCUUUUGAUUUUUCGAUGAUGUGCUUUGGAAUAUCUUUAUGUAAUAAUGAGAUGAUCAACUUAUAGAAAGACGAAGUUUUCAGCUAAUUCUUUGAUAACUCUUUUGGGAAAAUAGAUUGUUAUUUAUUUGAGAUGAAUGAAAUAUACUAAUAAGCUCUAGUCUAAUCGUUAUAAGUAGGCAUAAAAUCAAUUAAUUUAACAGCUGAUUAAAAAGAUAGACAAAUUAUUAAAGUUGAGGAAGAAAUAAUAAUUCCAGGUUAAAAAGAAAUUAUUUUUUUUAUUAAAAUAUUAAAAAAUGAUAAUUUUUAUAAGUUAAUUUUUGAUUAAAGAGAAGAGAGGAACUUCAAGUAUGAAAAAAAUAAAGCCAAUAAAGCUGAUUAAUUAAAUGAGAAUAAAAAAUUAGAAAAAGAAAAUAAAAAAGAAAUGAUCUAAUGCAUCUAGUGUGGAAAAUAAUUAGAAUUUGGAUAAGAAAAGCAUAAUAUUUUUGAUGAGAUUUCGAAAUAAGAAUUUUGCUUUUGUGUGGAGCAUAUUUAUUCUAUACUAUCUACAAAUUAAUCCUCAACUAUAAAUUUAAUAAAAUAUAGGUUUCCAUUACUAGGAAAUACUUAAGAGUAAUACGAAAUUUAUGUAGAUAGAAUUAAAGUAUAAAGCAUUUUUGAUUUUAUUAUCAAUACAAAUUUUGCAAAAUUAAAAACUCAAUGUUACUUUUGUGAGAAUAUAAAAGAAAAUCAAUUAAUAGACUUAGUUACUAUUUCAAAAUUCUUACCAUCAGUAAUUUGCUUAAACUGCGCUUCAAAAAAUAUUAAAGAAAGCAACUGCUUGAAAAAUAAAUAUUUAAAAUUCAAAAAUUAAUUUAACAAAGAUGAUUAUAUAAUCACAGGAGAUUUAUUCAAAAAUUUUAUAUCAAGAGAGAGUUAAAUUUAAUAAAAUUGUUAAUGUUGCUAAAAGAAUUUGAAAAAGACAUCAAAAAGCUUUUAUCUAGAAGAUUAAUAUAUCUCACUAAAUUUAUGUGAGGAAUGUCUGAAAUAGCCAUUAAUAAAACUUGAAAGAUUAAAUAUUUAAAUUGUUAAUAAACACUUUUAAAAAAUUGAGAAAACAUUUUAAGAAGUAACUUAUGAAUAAAAAUUGAGUAAAGAUUAUUAAAGUUAAUAGUAAUUUUCUAAAAUUUAAAACGAUCAAGAGUUAAAUAAAUAGGAAAUUAAAAAAUAAUUUUAAACUUUUAAUAAUAAUUAAAGUAAAAUAUAUAGUAGCUAAUUAAAUUAAUAAUAAUACCUUAACUAAUAAAGUCAAUAAUAAUAAUAAAAUUAAAUUUAAAAUUUAAGAGAAGAUAAAAAUAAAGAACAUUAACCAUAAAAUUUAAAAUAAGUAGAUUAAGAUAAAUAAUAAAUAACUUAAAGUAAUUUAAGUUAAUAAGAUUAAUAUUUAAAGUUAUACUCAAAUCCAUAAUUUUAAAUAAAUGUAAACCAUAAUAGUAAAGAUACAUAGACGAGAGAGCUAAAACAGUAGUAAAUUGACAAUUCUAGUUAAACUUUAGAUUUAAUAAAUUUGAAGUUUUAAUAAUAAUUAGAAUUGAAUAAAAUUUAAAAAACGUAUGAUUAUGGUACAAAAGUAGUAUUUUUAUAGCUAAAUUAAGAAAAUUCUUAAUUAAAUUCUAAUAAAAAUAAUAAUGAUUAAUAAAUAUAUAAAAAUCCUCAACAAAUAAUUGAAAAUUAUAAAAACUUUGAUCUCAUAAAAAAAAAUAAAACAUAACAAUAACUUUAGUAAUUAAAUAUUUAAGAUCAAAAAAUUGACUAAAUUCAAAAAAAAUAUUGCAAAAUUUGUGCUAAUAACAAUGAUAAAUAAUGCUAAGCAUUAUUAAUAGAUAUUUCAAUCAUUUUUAGAUUAAUAAAAUAUUGUUAUUGCUUAAAAUGCUUUUGUAAUUCUUUUUAAAGUAAAGCUUAUAAAGAAAAUAUUUAUAAAUAAGCAUCUAGUAAAGGUUUUUUCUAUUGUAAUUAAUGUGGAUAUAGAUUUACUGCUCAAUCAGACAUUUAUGGUUUAAUUUAAUAAAAAUUAUAAUAAAAUACAAACCAAAAAAUAUAAUGCCCAAAAUGUUCUUUUUUAAACUUAAUUUCUGUUUAUUGA